UUAAGUCCACCCGUCCUCCGACGGUCAAGCUCAUUGUUUCAGAGAGAGAGAGAGAGAGAGAGAGAGAGUUAUAAUUUUCAUACGUGUCUCAAAAACCCUAGGAAGCUCUUGAAAAUGUCCGGCAGAGGGAAGGGAGGCAAGGGCUUGGGAAAGGGCGGAGCAAAGCGUCACAGGAAGGUUCUGCGAGAUAACAUCCAGGGCAUUACGAAGCCUGCGAUUCGCCGUCUCGCUAGAAGAGGUGGUGUCAAAAGAAUCAGUGGUCUCAUUUAUGAGGAGACCCGUGGCGUCCUCAAGAUCUUCCUCGAGAACGUGAUUCGCGACGCCGUGACUUACACCGAGCACGCGAGGAGGAAGACGGUGACUGCGAUGGACGUUGUUUACGCGCUCAAGAGGCAGGGCAGGACUCUUUAUGGCUUCGGUGGUUGAACUGGUCUUCUCUGCUCUGUGUCUUAAGCUGUAAAUGUUAGAUUUGGGUUGUUUCUGAGUUCCGAUGUUUUAGGUUGUUGUAAUAGAACGUAUGCUAGUGCUUUUCAAUGUAAGGAAUGGUGGUUUCUCAACGCUAAAUUCUGAUAGAAGUUGUUGAGCGUCUAGUUCUUGAAAUGACAUUAUUUAAGUACGUUUCUUUGCUGUGCUAAA